AUGUCGGAUGUCGUGAACAAGCAAAAAGUUGUCAAACGCAUCAAGCUCAUCGCCCUAUUUUCACGUCUGCCCAGAAUUGCAGGCGGGGGCCUCUUCGCCGCUCUCGGUGUGCUCGCCAUGCACUACCUGGGCAUGAUGGCGCAAAGAACACAAGCCGAUAUGACGCUGACCGCCGGAAUAGUGGUAGUCUCGGCCUUCAUCGCAUUCUUCACAGCUACGGCUGCGUUCUGGAUCCUGUUCCGAGUGGAUAGCGUGUUACUUCGAGUGGGGAGCGCUGUGAUCAUGGGCAUAGCAGUCUGCGGAACGCACUAUUCGGGUAUGGGAGCCGCCAGCUAUACAUUUGCUGAGGAUGGAGCAGAUAGUGGAGGGUUCGUCAUCAAGGGGUCUCAGGCAGCUGUAGUCUCCUCACACGUUUCGCUCCUUUAUUGCUACUGGGUGAUGUCGUGGAGCGUGGCUACUACAAGUAUGCGCGGUAUCACCUAUAGUGCGAAGCCUAAGACAAACACGGACUCGCAUCUUGAGAAAUAUAUGUAG